AUGAUGCGGUUCGAAAAGGAGGUGCAACAGAAGGAGAUACGGCAGGAGAUGAAGCUGCGAUUGGCGCGACUGCAACAGCAGCAGCAUCUCACACAGAACAAGCCGCAGAUCAUCAUUGGCGAAGCGUUGCUGCAACAUGGGGCCAUUAGUCGCGUCACCAUGGCCACGCCCAGUCCGUUAACGCCCAAUUCGUUGGACGAGCUGCUGCCGUCACUUGAUGAGAACCAGGAGUAUCCACCCAGAAUUGAGUCCACUUACAAGCAGCUUAUCCAACCCAAAGCAACAGCAGCAGCAAUAGCGGCAGCAACAACAACAGCAACGGCAGCAACCAAUACUAAUGGCUAUAAUGGUCCUUGUAGCUCAUCGACUGAGGCACUCUAAAAUUGAACGCGAUCUCGUUGAAGCGAUCCACAAGUCCUGUAUACAUAGUACACACACCUAACAUAUAGUAUAUUACUUAUAUAGUAUAGUAUAGUGUAUGGGCACGAAAUCUAUCGAAAGUCUAGCGUUAUAUACAUAUAGUAUUGGAGUUCAGUUAAAGCUUAUUGUUAGUUCAUUGAAUUAAACGUCAAACGUGUUUAGUUAUAGCCAAUUAGAUUAUGUGUAACAUAGUAAGCGUCUCUCCCUACUCAAAGGCAAGAGCUAACCAAAACCUAUCAGUCAAGCCAUUCUUAAUAAAUUCGUGCUCGAAGUUGUAGUAUAAAUGCAUCAAUCAUCUCCACACAUUUUAUACGUAUUUUCACGCAGUUUUGUAGAAAUUAUACAACAUUAAACCGUCAUCAUAAUAAAAGCAAGCACAGAUUAUAUUUCAAAAAUGGCAACUCUAAGAAAUUAAUAAUUAUUUGAUAUACCGAGAAAGUUGAUUUUAUUUUCUAGAGAUAACAUUUUUACUAA